AUGUAUUUACAUUUGGGGUGUUACAGUCCCUGUGGUGCUUACAAUUACAAGUCACCUUGCAUGAAGGAGGGAAAGUGUACAAAGAAAUUUCCAAAGAGUUUUUGUUCCCGUACGAUUAUUGAUGAUGACAGAUUCCCUCAUUAUAAGAGAAGAGAUAAUGGGAGGGUUGCGAAGAAAAAUGGUGUUGAACUUGAUAAUCGUUUUGUUGUGCCUUAUAAUGCAAAACUCAUUUUAAAGUACCAGGCUCAUAUUAAUGUGGAAUAUACCUGUCAGACCAGUGCUAUUAAAUAUCUUUUUAAAUACAUUCAUAAAGGAAAUGAUAGAGUUACUGCUGCUAUACAUCAUUCAGAUGAUGAAAUUAAAAUGUUUUAUGAUUGUAGGUAUGUAUCCGCAUGUGAAGCUGCUUGGAGAAUAUUUGGAUUUGAAAUUCAUUACAGAAACCCCCCUGUGAUGAGAUUGCCAUUUCACUUACCCAAUGAAAAGACCGUUGUUUUUCAUGAUACUGCAUCAAUAUCUGAAGUAAAGACAAGGGAGGAGUUUAGACAAUCAAUCUUUGAGAGUUGGAUGGAUGCAAAUAAAAAAUUUCCAAAAGGUAGGCAUCUUACUUAUGCUGAAUAUCCAACUCAUUUUGUUUAUAAUGCAAAUAGUCAAGAAUGGCAUCCUAGAAAAAAAGGAUUCUCAAUUGGAAGAAUAAAUCAUUUUUCUGCAAAUAGUGGAGAAGAUUCCUAUCUUCGAAUGCUUCUUAAUUUUAAAAAGGGUUGCACAAGUUACGAGGACCUGAGAACUAUCAAUGGGGUGAUGUUUCCAACAUUUAAAGAUGCUUGCUAUUCUCUUGGACUUUUGGAUGAUGACAAUGAAUACAUUGAUGCAAUUAAGGAGGCAAGUUCUUGGGAGUCAGCUUCUUAUCUUAGACGUCUUUUUGCUCUGUUGUUGUUCGGUAACUCAAUGAAUAGACCUGAAAAUGUUUGGGGGAAGUGUUGGCAAUUUCUCUCUGACGAUGUUCUUUAUCGACAUAGAACAACAGUAGGACAUCCAGAUGCAAAUCUUACUGAAGAACAAAUAAAAAACACAACACUUGCUGAAAUUGAUAAAGUGCUACAAAGUAAUGGAAAAUGCCUUUCUGAUUACCCUUCAAUGCCCUGCAUCACUGGUGCAUCUUUGCUUGAUAUGCACAAUCGCUUAGUGCUUGAUGAAUUACUGUAUGACAGAUUGUUUUUGGUUGAAGAACAUAAAAGACUAAUGAGUUCCCUUACAGAUGAGCAAAAAGUUGUCUAUGACAAGAUAAUUUCAGCAGUUUCAGUGGGUACAGGGGGAUUCUUUUUUCUAUACGGCUUUGGUGGUACAGGAAAAACAUUUAUUUGGAAUACAUUGUCAGCAUCCAUUAGAUCAAAAGGCAAAAUUGUACUUAAUGUUGCUUCUAGCGGGAUUGCAUCACUUUUGCUUCCUGGAGGCCGGACAGCACACUCUAGAUUUCGUAUUCCAAUUCAGAUCACUGAGGAUUCAACCUGUAAUAUACGGCAGGAUUCUAAUAUUUCCGAAUUGCUGGCGAAAACAAAGCUAAUCAUUUGGGAUGAAGCUCCAAUGGUACACAGAUUUUGCUUUGAGGCUCUAGACAAAACACUUAGAGAUGUUCUUAGAUUUUCUGAUUCAAGUUGUGUUGAUAAACCAUUUUGUGGGAAAGUUGUUGUUCUUGGGGGUGACUUCAGGCAAAUCUUACCUAUUGUUCCUCAUGGAAGCAGACAAGAUAUAGUCCAUGCAACCAUUAAUUCUUCUUGUCUUUGGUCUCAUUGUCAUUUAUUAACUUUGACCAAGAACAUGCGGCUUAGUUCUGGAAGUGACAUUCACAAUUUAAUGGAAAUAAAGGAAUUUUCUGAUUGGCUUCUUAAAGUCGGGGAUGGUGUUCUUGGAGAUGAUGUGGAUGGAGAAUCUAUUAUAACAAUUCCAGAUGAAUUAUUGAUUAAAAAAUCACUGAAUCCACUUUCAGAUUUGAUGGAUUUUGUGUACCCUGAUAUCUUGGAUCAUAUUUUAGAACCCACAUUCUUUAAAGAACGUGCCAUUCUGACUCCAAAAUUGGAAGAUGUUUCUAUUUUAAAUGAGAACUUAAUGUCUUUGAUUACAGGUGACGAAAGAAUAUAUUUAAGUUCAGAUAAUAUUUUGAAGCAAGACGGUAAUUCUUCCCUUGAGGAUGAUGAAUUCUCACCUGAGAUCUUAAAUACCUUCUCCUGUUCUGGGCUUCCGGAUCAUAAAUUAAUUUUGAAGGUCAAAGUUCCAGUCAUGCUAUUAAGAAAUAUUGACCAAUCAAGAGGUUUAUGCAAUGGAACAAGAUUGCUUAUUACAAGAUUAGGCAAUCAUGUGGUUGAGGCAACUGUUCAUACAGGAAGCAAUAUAGGAGAAAAUGUGUUUAUCCCUAGAAUGACAAUGAGCUCCUCAAGUCAUUCUUUUUCUGUAAAUUUCCAAAGAAGACAAUUUCCCCUCGUCAUUUCGUUUGCCAUGACAAUCAAUAAGAGUCAAGGACAAUCGAUUUCUCAUGUUGGAAUUUAUCUACCCAGGCCAGUCUUUAGUCAUGGGCAAUUAUAUGUGGCACUAUCCCGAGUAAAGAGCAAAAAGGGAUUGAAGAUUUUGAUAGUUGAUGAUGAUGGUUGUGUAACAAACAGUACCUUUAACAUAGUCUACAAAGAAGUAUUUCAGAGAUUACUGUAA